AUGUCUCCUGCUAUUCCCGAGAGAUGCACCGUCUUGGUGAUUGGUGGCGGACCGGGAGGCUCCUAUGCUGCCUCCGCCCUGGCCAGAGAGGGCAUUGAUGUUGUCGUCCUCGAGGGCGACAAGUUCCCCAGAUACCACAUUGGCGAGAGCAUGCUCGCAUCCAUGCGUCAUAUGCUCAGGUUUAUCGACUUGGAAGCCAAGUUUGACUCCUAUGACACCGACUUCUUGGCUGCUGGCGGCCCAAAUAACUAUGCCUGGAACGUGGUUCGCUCCGAGGCCGACCAGCUCAUGUUCCACCACGCCGGCGAGUGCGGCGCCAAGAUCUUUGACGCCGUCAAGAUCAAGUCGAUCCGGUUCGAGGACGCCACCACGGUUCCCGAGGGCGAGCCGAACCUCAACCCAGGCCGUCCGGUCGCCGCCGUCUACGAGGUCGCGGAAACCAAGGAGACCGGCGAGAUCGCCUUCGACUACGUCGUCGACGCCAGUGGCCGCGUCGGGCUGCUGAGCACAAAGUACAUGAAGAACCGUCGUUACAACCAGGGUCUCAAGAACGUCGCCAACUGGGGUUACUGGGAGGGGUGCAACAAGUUCUCCCCGGGCACCCCCAGAGAGAACUCGCCCUUUUUCGAGGCCUUGACAGAUGAGAGCGGCUGGGCUUGGUUCAUCCCCCUCCACAACGGAAAGGCCUCCGUCGGUGUCGUCAUGAACCAGAAGCUGGCGGCGCACAAGAAACAGCAAGGCGGGUUCAACUCGACCGAGUUCUACCACGAGAGCCUGAAGCUCGCCCCCGAGCUUCUGUCCGUCCUCGUCGGGGACGGCAAGUUCGUCAGCGACGUCAAGUCGGCCUCGGACUACUCCUACAGCGCCUCGUCCUACGCGUUCCCGAAUGCCCGCAUCGUGGGCGACGCGGGCUGCUUCAUCGAUCCCUUCUUCUCGUCCGGCGUCCACAUCGCCCUCACGGGAGCCCUCUCGGCCGCCACCACCAUCGCCGCGUCCAUCCGCGGCGACAGCGAAGAGGCAACGGCCGCCGAGUGGCACAGCAAGAAGGUCGCGGCGGCCUACACGCGGUUCCUGCUCGUGGUGCUGAGCGCCUACAAGCAGAUGCGCUUCCAGGGGGAUCCCGUCCUCAGCGACUUCGACGAGGACAACUUUGACAGAGCCUUUUCUUUCUUCAGGCCUAUCAUCCAGGGAACGGCGGACGCUGCCAACGGUAACCUCUCGCAGGACGAGCUCAACAAGACGCUCGAGUUCUGCGCGCACGCCUUCGAGCCCGUCAACCCCGAAGCGAACCAGGAGAAGGUCAUGAAGGCCGUCUCGGCCGCCCCGGCCGGAUCGGACUACAACCCCGACUUGUCGGUCGAGGAGCAGAACGCAGUGAAUCACAUCCGCGCCCGAAAGAUGAUGCGCACGGAGGACACCUUCAACAUCAACACUUUCGGCACCGACUCCAUCGUUGGAUAUGUGCCCAACCUGGUCAGGGGCAGCCUGGGCUUGAAGAAGGCGGAGACGAAUGGAGUGGUGGCGGCUUGA